AAGUGGGACAAUCUUGAGAUGUUAGCAAAGUGGGUCCCUGUUAUUAAAUUAUGUAUUCUGCUUGAGGGCGAAACGUGGGGCGUUAAUGGUGAAGAUGAACUAGAAUAAUUCGAAUUUUAUAGUGUUUUCUUGCCAUGGGAAAAUGUGUGAAAACCAUAGACUGUAUAUGGGUGAAAACACAGAUUAGGAUUGAAGUGUACCAACAGGAUGUAGCGCGGGACUCCCUUCCGCCUCGGAGUCUGUGUGCCUCCUCUAUGUGUCCGUCACACAAAGCGGUGAUCUCGGCCCACAACGAGAAGGAGCCAUAUUGGAGCAACUAAUAACCCUGAGUGCUUUACAAAGCAAAUCCUAUGUCUGAAGAGGAAACUCAGGGGGACGACCCUCCAAACCCCACGAUGUCCACGGGCGAUUUCCAGACCCGGUACGCCUCCGUCAUGGAGAGCAUGCUGAAGAGUUCCAUCGCGGAGACCACCACACUUUUCGAAACUAUCGUCGACGAGCUGAAGGCAGAGAUCUCCGGAAUCAAGAAGGAGAACGAGGACCUCCGGGCCAGAUGCAGCCAGUUUGAGGAAAGACCGUCGACCGUCGGCCCGGCUCCUCCGCAGCCAUGCUCUGAGAGACGUGACACAGCUGUACAGUGUGACCUUGUCCCUUUACGCACCAUGCUGGUGGAACAGUGCCAAUCAUUGGAAUAUUCAUCAUUGCAAAUCGAACAGCAACAAUGCUGUCAGUGGGAGAUGGAGAACAGUUUACAGGAUCACAACUAUGGGAAUGCUGAUUCACAAAUGACACUUACGCUUGUCAAAGAGGAGGAAUCUUAUGAUGGUUCGUCUUUGCUGCCAGUCAUAAAGCAAGAGGACGAGGAGCCCAACACAUCUUGCUGCAAAGUCACAAAUGAAGGUUCAGAACGAACCACUGCUUGUGGAAAUGAAAAUGAAGGGCCUCACAUUGACCACACGUGUUCAACUGGAGAGAUGUUUGAAAAUGAUGAAGAGACUAGAGUCACCUUGGAACUACGCUGUCAUGGAAUGGAUAAUGAUUUAGAAAGAGCCCAGAACCAACCAUCUGAACCAGAGCCUCCACUAGUUUUCACAGUAAAAUGUGACAUGCAGGACAAGACAGAGGGACAACUUGUAACGUCUGAAGAACAAACAUUUGUGACUGCUCAGCAACAAUCCAUGGUUGAACUUCAAAAGGAGCAACUAUCAGGGGUUCCACAACAAUGUCACAGAGAGGGUGAAAUGUCAAUAAGUGAACAGACUGAUGCUACUGUGCAGCAGUAUGCAAAUGUGCAGUGUACAGAGGAACAUGUUACCUCUGAAUCUGCAGCUCCAGUAACUCCAAAUAAAUUGAAAAUUAUCAAUCCAUCAGCUCUGCAGAGAACUAUGGAGUCUGCUGUAGAAGACGUGGAGAACAGUGAAUUAGGUUCCUUACCUUUUACAGUGGAAUCUUUGACUAGAGGAUGUUCCUCUUACAGGGAAAAAACAUCUGGAUCUCAACAAUGUCCCAUGGAAAUGGAAGCUCCACCCACUGAAAAUUCAUCUGCAACUGAAACAUUAAAUUCUCCGCCAGCAGAGACACCACAAGCAUCACCAGUUGAGCGCAGAGAACGUUGCUCCUCUGUUACGCUUCAGGAUGCAAUGUUACUUGUUGAAGCCAUGAAUCGGUCAGCAGGGGAACAUUCGUUAUCCUCUUUCAAAGGAAUGAGGGAAUCCCCCCAAACCCAGUAUGUUCCUCAUAUGGAUACGUUACAAACUAUGGACAAGGUCCCAGCAAAGCCACAGACACUGCCACUUUCUUCUGAAACUUGUGAAGCUGCAGGCAGUCCCGCCAUAACAUUGCUGUCCACAACACAAUCGACAGUACAGACACUUAGCACCAGUCCUCAGGUUACAGAUUCCCAUUCAACCAAUAAACCCAAGCCCCAAAUUAAGAUCGUCAUUCAAAAUCCUUUGGUCACAGCAUCCAAUAUUGCCACACAGCAACUGUCCUCAUCAACCUGUGAAACUCAAACAAGUGAGCAGUCACAGCAGCAAUUUCCUCGUCCUGUGAUAAGAUGGGUAAUAACAAGUAAACCGAGUAAGGCCAAUCCUAACAAUAUAAUUGUGGUGCAGAGACCUGAAAGCUUAUUGAUGCCUUACCAAUUUGCUGCACUGCCCCCAACCCAGCCUCCUACUCUUGUGUCAAUUAUUGCUAAACAGAAUAAUAGUUUACUUUCAUCUUCUACAGAAAGACCUUCCUCUUGCUCGCUCCCUGAGAAAACCGAGGCCUCCAUGAAAUCAGUUCCCGUUGUCCCUUUGAAUUUGACAGCCACCUCAACAGACACAAAGUCAGGCUUUCUACCCCUCACAAAAUUUCCAAGACAGGUGUCAGAUGUGGCAUCAGGGACACAUCAAUCUCCACUGGAACAAAAACUUUCUGCAGUGGUCAGAUUAUUCAGGCUGCCAAUUGCUGUAUCAACGAAAGAAUCUGUGUUGGUCUCAAAACUACUCUCAUAUGGAUUUCAUGAACGGCAAUUAGAGAUGCAUGUGACAUCCCCGAACAUUUGUCCCAGUUUAAAAGAAACUGCAAAUUCUGUGUCUUUCAAUACCUCUCAGUUUACAAAAGAGAAAAAUAACAAUCAAGAUAUGUACCACAGCAAGUAUGUGCCGCCCCCGACACCACCCAAGGUGUCAGCAUCACUCUUUGACAUAUCAACAGAAGCCAUCAGCAAACCUUCUGCUGUUGAACCUAUUUCUAACUUGGAGAAGGAAAUAUUCAGCAAUGCAAUGCAAGACUGUGCACGUUCUAACGACGCACCAAUAACGGAGAAAAGAUCAGCUAACCUGAUACAGCUAAUCUCCAUCCCGUCCAAGGACGGAUCUCACCCUCAUUUGCAAAUGAGCCAAACCCAAUUCUUGGCGCAGCUGGCAGUGUUACCUGUGGUUCAAGCCCCCCAAAAGGCCUCCUCCAAUGAUGUUGCAGAUACACCAGCUUCUAGUGCAGAAACCAGCACCAAAGGCAAAAACACCCUGAUGGCCCGACUCCGAAGGCACCUGAAAACUCACUUGCCUACUAGAAGAAGCGAAACAAAGCCAUAUCCAUGCACAGAAACAGAAAUCACUACCGUGAGUCCUAAGAAACAUAGAUUACAGAAUGACAAUCCAAAUAAUACAAACACAACCACUGAACAUAUUUCUGUGAAACCUAAAGAGUCAGGUUUCGUUGAAGACGUUGCCUCUCGAAACAAGGCUGCUAAUGACUCCAUUCCUAAUAGUCCAAGGACUGGAUUAUGUAGAGACCCAAGACCCAAGAGGAGUGUAAGUGAACCCACCAGAAGGUCAGAGCCUAAAAGUGAAACCACUGCUAAACGUGGUAGGAGAUCUAGCUCAGGUAAAGUUAGUGUAUGUUCUAACAAUGUUGAAGGCAGUUCUGUUACUCAUGGAAGGCCUAGCUCAACUAAAGAUGGGGCUAACCCUAGACAGACGCAAGGCGGUGUUACCCUUCAAAAUACAAAAUCCACCACCAGGAGGAUCAGUUCAAGUAAAGGUGGUGCUACCCUUAAACAGACUAAAAGGACUGGAUUAUGUAGAGACCCAAGACCCAAGAGGAGUGUAAGUGAACCCACCAGAAGGUCAGAGCCUAAUGGUGAAACCACUCCUAAACGUGUUAGGAGAUCUAGCUCAGGUAAAGUUAGUGUAUGUUCUAACAAUGUUAAAGGCAGUUCUGUUACUCAUGGAAGGCCUAGUUCAACUAAAGAUGGGACUAACCCUAGACAGACGGAAGGCGGUGUUACCCUUAAAAUUACAAAACCCACCACCAGGAGGAUCAGUUCAAGUAAAGGUGGUGCUACCCUUAAACAGACUAAAUCCUCUUCUGUGAGGGCUAAAAGGUCUCCUUCAACCAGACAACAGUCAAGUCUUAAAAAGACUGAAUCCUCUGCUGCCUCUCCCCAGAAAUCUGAUUUAUGUGAUAGUGUUGCAAAAGUUAAAAUGUCUACAAGUGAAAUGACUGCUGUCAGCCAAUGGUCUCCUGUCACCCAACACAGUUCGAGCACGAGACAGUUUAAAAAGGAAUCCAGUCCUUUAAUUCUUUGGAGGAAAACCACAGAUAUUGCUGGACCAAAGAGUCAAUCUGGCUCCUCAAGUGUUUGUUGCCCUAAAUUGGCUAAAGAUGGUGUCAGUCCUGGAAAAACUGUAGAAACCACUCCUGCUAAGAAAGCCAGAUUGAUUCAGGAAGUUACAAAGCCUGAAAAGAAUUUAAGCGGUUUGAAUGCAAACAAUUUGGCUAAAGCAGCAAAAGCAACAAGAUCAGCCAAAAUAAAAAAUUCAUAUCAAUCCAAACUUCAGAAUGCAGGAAAAAGAAGCCUGUUAACAGAUAAAGCAUAUAAGACCACAGCUGUGUGGACUCCUACCACAAUACCAGCCAGUGAAACACCUGUCAUUAACAAUCAGUGUGGGGAGUGUGGCCGCAUCCUCAGCUCCAGUGCUGCACUUGAGAGCCAUGUCAGUCUUCAUAGAGGAAGCAGACCUUUCUCUUGCACGCUUUGUGAGAAAACUUUCCCGGACGCCAAGGGUCUUAGCAGGCAUAGCCAGGUGCACAGCAAUGGUAAGAUCCACAUCUGCAAGAUUUGCAAGAAGGGUUUUGACUACAGUUUUACCCUCACCAAACACGUUCAGAUGGUGCACGAGAAAAUUAAACCCUUUGUCUGCCAGAUCUGCAACAAACGCUUCUUCAUAAAGCAACAUAUGGAAGACCACAUACGAAAAACCCACACUGGAGAGAAACCAUUCCAAUGCGACCUCUGUGAAAAAAGAUUCUCUCGAAAAGUAGAACUAGAUGUACAUCUGAGGUGGCACAGAGGCGAGAAGAGACACUGUUGCUCGUACUGUGGAAAAGCGUUUUUAGAUCAAAAUAACCUGAAAAGGCACAAGUUCAUCCACACAGGAGAGAAACCACAUUCCUGCCCUCACUGCCCCAAACACUUCACACAGUCAGGGCACCUGAAAAAGCACGUGAAAAAUAUACAUAAAAUCACCUGAUAGAGAGACGUAGAAGAUGAUGUGACUGUAACUGGUGUUGAAAAGAUUUUUGUUUGUUUUUUCUUCGACAAACAUCAUUUGCAAAACGAAUAUAAUUGGAGAGAUGCAUCUUUUUUCGCCUGUUGUUUAUCGGAGAAUAGUGCUAAUUAUUGUGUUUUAAAAAUUGCUUCAGGGAAUUGUUCAGCAUGAUGUGUUUGUCUUCCUGCCAAAUUAACCAUGGUCAUCUCCCAGUUCUAGCUCCAUAUUUCAUUUACUUAUUUCAUUUAAUUCAACUUAGCAGAGGUCUAUUUCCUAAAAUGUCAAAUUAAGCUUUUAAAGUAAAAUGUAAAACUUAUUUACAGGAAUAUUCGUGAAAAACACAACACUCAUUUGUCUUUCUUUGAUUUCUUUGAACUCAUAAACCUUUUUUUUUAUUUGUGUGAUAGCUGAUAUCAAAAGAACUGUGAGGUUAUUUAAAACAGAGGUUUGAAACAUUGUAUCUCUUACUUGAUGGCUUGUUUGGGUUAAUGUGAUAGAAAAGUGCUGAGGCUAAUCCGACCUCUCGUGGCCCUAAAAAUGGCCAUGGGCUCUCUUGGACACUUGAUCUUUAGAGUCCUAAGUAUUGGAGCCAUCUAAAAUUUUUGAACAUAUAUUGUUUUUUCUACGAGGUACUAAACGAAAUUAUUGUCUAACAAUUUACAGAUCCAUUGGUAAUGAAACAUGUUUUAUUAUUAUUUGCAUUUAUUAAUUUGUUUAUUUUCCAAUUUUUCUACCAAACCUUUUCCCUGACUAGCACAGCCCCAAACAAACCUUGUAAGUAGUUGUUAAACUGUAAAAAUGUUCAUAGUUUGAAUUGUUUUAAUGAUUCUGAAUCUAUUUAAUUGUAUUUAAUGCCAACAAAUGUGACACUAGAGUCGUCAUGUCUAGUAGUCUGAUUUACAUUGCGAUAUUUUUACUUUGAGCAGGUGCACAUUGGUUUCAGUUCAUGUUGGCUUGAAAAAAUGCUCUGGUUCGGUUGAAAGACACCUUAAGAGAAGGGAAUAUUGUGCCAUGCUGAGUAUGGGAGCAGUGAGGCAGAGCUUCAACAGUCAGCAAAUUCAAAAUCUGACUAGUUUGAAUUAAAAUGUUUAUUUUUGUAGUUAUGAAAGUGUAGGUGUGAUUGCUCAGUCUUGGUUUUAUCUGAAGAUGUUUAAACCUUGUCUACCAUUUUUUAAUUAUGACUUAAAUGAAGAUUGUUGGACCUUUUUUUUUUAUUAUUAUUCAACCCUAAAUUGUAAAUAUUCUGUUGAUGUUGUUUUGAUCUUGAUAAGGAAAUGUAUAUUUAUUGUUUCCCGCAAAACGGGUAAUAAAUGGAUAGUUGUCCUACUAA